AUGUUAAAAACAUCAAAUUUAAUUUCGUCAUUAUUACAUAACAAUUUAAAAAAUACAUCAAUAUUACGAAAUAAAAGUAUUUUUUAUUAUUCAACAAAUAGUAAUAAUAAUAAUAAUAAUAAUAAUAAUAAUAAUAAUAAUAAUAAUAAUAAUAAAAAUAUCAAUUUACAAAAUAUAAAGGGAACAUAUGAUUUAUUUCCAAAUGAACAAAGAAUUCAUAAAUUUAUAUUUGAUGUUGGAAGAGGUGUUGCAGAAAGAUAUGGAUUUAAAGAAAUUAGUACACCAAUAAUAGAACCAUUUGAAUUAUUUAAUAGAUCAGUUGGUGAAAGUUCAGAUAUUGUAAUGAAAGAGAUGUUUAAAUUUAAAGAUUAUUCAAAUGAGUCAUCAUCGCCACCAUCAAUGAUAUGUUUAAGACCAGAAGGUACAGCAGGAGUAAUACGUGCAAUUAUUAAUCAAUCAUCAACCAAUCAUUUAACACCAGCUCAAAGAUACUAUUAUCAAGGACCAAUGUUUAGAUAUGAAAGACCACAAAGAGGUAGACAAAGACAAUUUCAUCAAUUGGGUGUAGAGUUAAUUGGUGAUCAACAUCCAAGAUCAGAUGUUGAAAUCAUUGAUAUGGCCAUGAAUUUCAUAGAGAGACUUGGUAUUAAUAAAUCUGAUACUCUCUUGAAAAUCAAUUCAUUAGGUGAUACUGAUUCAAUUAAAGUUUACAAUGAAACAUUAAAACGAUUCUAUAAUGAUAAUGUUAAUAAGCUAUCACCAAUCUCUAUAAAAAGAUUAGAGAGAGGUAAUUCAUUACGUAUUUUAGAUUCAAAAGAAAGACAAGAUAUUGAAUUAAAUAAAUUGGCACCAUCAAUUCAAGAUAGUUUAUCAAUACAAUGUAAAGAUCGUUUUAAUAAUGUUUUAAAAGGUUUAGAUUGUUUAGGUAUUUCAUAUGAAAUUGAUAAAUCUUUAGUUAGAGGUUUAGAUUAUUAUAGACAUACAAUAUUUGAAAUUCAAAUAAUUGAUAAUAAUCAAAAUAAUAAAGGACAAAGACAACAACAGCAACAACAACAAGGAUUAGCAAUAUUAGGUGGUGGUAGGUAUGAUGGUUUAGCAAAUCAAUUAGGAUAUAAAUAUAAAGAAAUAUUACCAUCAAUUGGUUGGGCAUCUGGUAUUGAAAGAAUGGUAUUGUUUUUAGAUCAAUCUAAAAUUCCAAAUUCAAUUAGACCAAUUGGUAUAGCGAUAACUGAUUCAUCACUUUCAGAGAAUGCUUUUAAACUUUGUUCAAAUCUUAGAAGAAAUGGUUGGUCUUCAACAUUGUCAACUUUUAAUUUAGAGGAUGAAAACCUUUCAAAACAAUUAAAAAAAUUUAAAAAUAAUCCUUCUUUUGUAAUCAUUUUAGCACCUUCUGAAUAUUCUAAUAAUACUGUUAUCAUUAAAAAUAUGGAUGACACAACUCAAUCAAUUAUACCAUUAAAUGAAAUUGAUAAUUUUUUAGAAAAUAAUAAAGUUUUAAAAAAUUAA